UGACUGGUGGUGCGAGCGGUCUGAGGAGGCGGGCCUUCACCAGCGGUGCUGAUGAAUCCGCUCAUCAGCCUCGCCUUCCAGCUGGUGUCGCUGGCCCAGGAGGCGCCGCACCUCACCGUCCUGCCGACGGGGAGCGUGAUCCGCCGCGACCUCGGCACCACCGGCUUCUUCACCUGCCGCGUCAGCCAGCAGCACGAGCAGCUGGUCGACGACGUGGUCUGGCUGGACCCGCGCGGCCAGGAGGUGCCUGACGAGCGGCAGAAUCGCCCUGGAGCCCAGCCUCCCAGGCUGUACUCGAGCGACGCAUCGUCUGGAAAGGGCAGGGAGCUGUUCGUCUCUAACAUCACGGAGAAUGACUCCGGGAACUACACCUGCAAGGCUCGCUACGGCACCAACCAGGAGAUUACCAAGACCUUCGCCCUCCUCGUCUACAUGAGCAUCCGAUGGGAGGACGCGCCGCAGCGGCAGAACCCGGUGAUGGGCAGCCGAGCCCUGAUCCGGUGCGUGGCGCGCGCCAGCCCGCCGGCCAUCGUCGAGUGGUUCCGCGGCUCCCAGCUCAUCUCCGGAGGCGGCAGGUACACCACGCAGGAUGACGGCCUGGUGAUCGAGAACAUCACGUCCGAGGACGACGGCGUGUACCUGUGCCGUGCCAAGGUGCCUGCCGAGGGCGAGCUGGAUGAGCGCCGCAUCACCGUCGAGUGGCACGUGUCCAACGAACGCUUGAAACACAAACGCUGGCUGCUGGAUAUGGACUCGCACGGGCCAGUCACCUGA